AUGCCUGUUAUUUUAACACAAAAUAUUGCUAUUGAACUGGGUCUUAUUAAUGGAAUGAAUGGAAUCUUUCGACAACUUGUCUACGAUGAAGAUUCUGUAUCAACCGAUGUUAUUUCAGAACCAUUUCCAAACAAUACACGAUACAUACAUAAACCUUUAUACGCAAUAAUUGAAAUCGUCAGAUCGAAGAUUGAAUGCAAGUUUGAACAACUUCAAUCAAAUCUCGUGCCAAUACCAUUAAUGGAACAAACUUUCCGCAUUAAUAUUGCCGAUGUUCUACCAAAAGAUAAGAAACCAAAAUCAAAUCAGAAGACAAUUUUAUCGAUUAAGCGACGUGCAUUACCACUUCUACCUGCGUAUUGUAUUACAACACAUAAAAGUCAAGGUCAAACUUUAAAUAAUGUUGUAAUUGAUUUGAAGUUACCAAAUGAAACUGAUGAUAUUGCUGCAAUUUAUGUACCUUUGUCACGUGUGAAACGCUUGGCUGAUUUGAUUAUUUUAAUAUAUUUUGAUUACAAAAUUUUAUUAUUGAAACCAAGUAAAUCUCAACUCGCCGAAAUAGAAAGACUAGAUAAACUAUAUUUAGAAACGCAAAUGCGUUUUUCUGAAUGGCUCUAA